GCAUCACCCAAUUCGACAAAAAAAAAAAGAAAACCAACACUUUCUCCAAUGGCCAGAACGACUCUUCUUUUGGCAUUAAUUCUUGCUAUUAUCCUUAACAUUUCUUCUUCUUUCUCUUCGUUUUCAUUGGCUGCAACAGAUGUUUCAGUUUAUGAAUCUUUUCUCCAAUGCCUGGAAAACAACACAAACCCACAAGAUCAAAUCUCAGACCUCGUCUAUUCCCAAACUAAUGCUUCAUACACUUCAGUUCUUCGUGCCUAUAUUCGAAAUGCUCGCUUGAAUACCUCCACAACUCUUAAACCAGUUAUCAUUCUUACCCCAAGGCAGAUUUCCCAUGUCCAGGCUGCUGUUGUCUGUACCAAAAAUGUCGGUUACCAACUUAAAAUCCGCAGUGGAGGCCAUGACUAUGAAGGGAUUUCUUACACUUCUGAUGUUCCAUUUUUCCUUCUUGAUAUGUUUAAUCUUCGAUCUAUUGAUGUAGAUGUUAAAAAUGAGUCUGCUUGGGUUCAAACUGGUGCUACUCUUGGUGAAGUUUACUAUAGAAUCUGGGAGAAAAGCAAAGCUUAUGGAUUCCCUGCUGGGGUUUGUCCAACCGUUGGUGUUGGUGGACAUAUUAGUGGGGGUGGUUAUGGGAACAUGUUGAGGAAGUAUGGUUUGGCAGUGGAUAAUGUGCUUGAUGCUCAGAUAGUUGAUGCUAAUGGCAAGCUUUUGGAUAGAAAAGCAAUGGGUGAGGAUCUUUUUUGGGCUAUUCGAGGAGGUGGAGGUGGAAGUUUUGGUGUUGUAAUCUCUUACAAGAUCAUGCUUGUUCCUGUUCCUGAGACUGUUACUGUUUUCAGAGUGGAAAGAACUCUUGAUGAGAAUGCUACAGAUGUUGUUUUCAAGUGGCAAUUAGUUGCUCCAAAAACAGAUAAUAAUCUCUUCAUGAGGAUGCUAUUGCAGCCAGUUACAUCUAGGACAAACAGAACUCAGAGGACCAUUAGAGCAUCAAUUGUGGCUUUAUACUUGGGAAACGCUGAUACCCUUGUGUCUUUAUUGGGCAACGAAUUCCCUGAAUUGGGAUUGAAGAAGGAGGUCUGCAAUGAAACAAGCUGGAUUCAAUCUGUUCUGUGGUGGGCAAAUGACGAUAUUGGAACAUCUCCUGAAGUUUUACUUGAUAGAGAUCUUGACUCGGCCAAUUUCCUCAAGAGAAAAUCAGAUUAUGUAGAGACUCCAAUAUCUAAAGACAAGUUGAACUGGAUUUGGCAAAGGAUGAUUGAAGUGGGAAAAACUGGAUUAGUCUUCAAUCCUUACGGUGGAAGAAUGAGUGAAAUUCCAGAAACAGAUACUCCAUUUCCACAUAGAAAGGGGAACUUGUUCAAGAUCCAAUAUUCAGUGAAUUGGGAAGAUGCAGGAACAACUGCAGAGAACGAGUUCUUGACACAGGCAAGGAAGCUCCACAACUAUAUGACACCAUUUGUAUCCAAGAAUCCAAGACGUGCAUUUUUGAACUACAGGGAUCUUGAUAUUGGUGUGAUGGAAGCUGGUAAAAAUAGCUACGAAGAAGGUAGCAUUUAUGGCUCUAAGUAUUUUCAUGGAAACUUUGAUAGAUUAGUGAAAGUGAAGACUGCUGUAGAUCCUGAGAAUUUCUUCAGAAAUGAACAGAGUAUCCCUACUCUUCCGACUAAGGCCUAGAAGAUUUUAUUAUAGUGGAAGCAUAUGAAUGAUUAUUAUUAUUUUUUUUAAAAAGAGUAUUUGAUGUACUUUAGCAAAUUCAAGAAGUCUAGAUUAUUUUAUUAUACAGAU